GAAGAGUGAUUGUUGAUGUGUAUAGGCGUGUGCGCGGGAUGCCGCCGGGCCAGCUGAUCGGUGUUGUUGGCGCGCGAGUGUUGGAGGCGGCGAGGCGUGCUGGUCCCCGUGCUGCGGCGUGUUCCCUGGCAGUCAUGGCACCGAAGAGGAAGCAGGAGAGUGCAGAAGAGGCCCCAGACAAAGAUCAAUCCAAGAAGACCAAGAAAGAAGACUUUUCUUCUGAUUCCAAGACAAGUGAUGGCAAGAAAUGGAAUCUGAAGAUUGUUUCUUGGAAUGUUGAUGGUUUGCGAGCAUGGGUGAAGAAAGAUGGCCUUUCUGUGUUUGAACUUGAGGACCCAGACAUUGUUUGCCUUCAAGAGAUCAAAUGCAGUGAUGCUAAGAUGCCUCAAGAGGCCAAGAGUGUUCAGGGCUACAAGAGUUACUUUAUGCCAGCUGAGAAGGAUGGCUACUCUGGGGUUGCCCUGUAUUCCAAGGUGGAGCCCCUCUCAGUCACGUACGGACUGAAUGACAAGACACAUGAUGCUGAGGGUCGCUGCAUCACUGCAGAGUAUGAGAAAUUUUAUUUGGUGACAUCAUAUGUUCCCAACGCUGGAAGGAAGUUGGUCACUCUGGAUAAAAGAAUGGACUGGGAUCCGAAGUUCCGCCAGUAUCUGAAGGAGUUGGAUGCCAAGAAACCUGUGAUCAUGUGUGGUGACUUAAAUGUGUCACACAAGGAAAUUGAUCUGGCCAACCCUAAGGGAAAUAAAAAGAAUGCUGGAUUCACACCCGAGGAGAGAGCCGGCUUCACAGACCUCUUAGCUGAAGGGUUUGUGGACUCCUUUAGGCAUCUCUACCCAGAUAAGCCUCACCAGUACACCUUCUGGACUUACAUGGGAAACUGCCGGGCCAAAAAUGUGGGCUGGAGGCUGGAUUACUUUGUCUUGUCUGAGCGCUUGAUACCACAACUGUGUGACAACCUCAUCCGGACAUCCCUCUAUGGAUCAGACCACUGCCCCAUCACACUGCUCAUGCAUCAGUGACCACAGUACUAAGGCACCCGUGUUUGUCCCACCUCAUGGGGUCUCAUGCCACCUUGAGAUGGUUGUUGAGUUAAGUGUUACAUUUUUUUUCUUGAAACUUUCAUUGAUUUCAUAAUUUCUUUUCAAUGGUAGUGUUUAUUUUAUUGAGCUAUGAUUGAUUGUAUAGCUAGGUUUUUUUAAGAGUAGUGCAGAUAAAGAUAAUGCUUUUCAAUGCUUCACCCUUAUUUGUUUACCAUCUACCUCAAAGUAACAUUGGGAAUCAAAAUAUAACUUAAAGUAAUUUAUUUAUUUAUUUAUUUAUUUAUUUUAUAUUUAUUUUCUCAAUUUUUGGAUAUGUAAAUGUGAGUUAAGAUACUAUAUACAUUAAUAUGAAACAGACCGUGUUCAGUUUGACUGUUUAUUACUGAAACAAAUAAAGCUAGGAGUCCAUAAAGAGCUAUUGCUCAGUGGACAAGGUUGAGUAUAACUUGUUCACUAUAUGAUGUAUCGAAAUAAUGGUCAAUAAAACAAUCAAUCAAUCAAGUAGCUCACACCAGAGUAGCCUCUCUGUUAGUCACUCAGCACAUGCACUCGGAUUGUACAGUGUAGUUAUAAAAAAAUCACAUACUACACAUGUUUGAUGAGUACAAGUCUUAGUAGCAAAGUUUUGUUUCUUUGAUGAGACCGAGACUUCCUUCUGAAAUAUAUGUCCGCUUUGUUGGGGCUCAGUGGUUAGAACCAUUUGUAGCAGAGUUGUCAUUGAUUGUUUAAAAAGUUAAGUGAGUGCAUGGCCUCCAAUGCCUCAUGUGUCUGACAUAUUUUCAGUUGAUAUCUGGACCUUCAGUUCAUAGUGAGGAAACUAUCCUCACUCAGUGCCAGUAGGUUCUCUUGAGGGGCCUGGCAGGCAACCCAAGCUUGUUAAUGGCAUGGACAAAUUCCUUUUGCAGUGGCUGUCAUGGUAUAUGAUGCCAGCCUGGCUCUUGUUGUCCUGCAGUGUUCCUCUUGGUUGAAAUUGCCUGCUGCUUGAGGCAGGACUCAAGCCUGGGUUUUAAUAUGACAUCUGCACGAUGACUACUUGGCCACUGCCUCCUCUAAUCUUGCUGCUAUUCCAAAUCUUUUUUCUUCUCAUUUUCUUAUCUAGAAAUAUGAAAAGACAGUCAUAGUUCACCAUUUUGUGUUACCACUGUGAAAGUUAUUAUACUUUUUAUUAUUAUCAUUAUCAUUAUUAUUAUUAUUAUUAUUAUUAUUAUUAUUAUUAUAAUCAUUAUCAUCAAAAUUAUCAUUAUAUCCCUGUGUACAGUUAGUCACAGGUUUCCUUUAUUUUGUUUGGUGAGGUGAGGUUAGAUGAGGGUUAACUCAGUGACUAGUAAUGACAUUAGUAACUUUCUCCUCAAUGGUUACCCAUAGUUUUUGUUAGGUCAUGCUUAUUACUGUGCUUGAUUCAACAAAAUGUUUUACCACAGAUACAUAGAAGGAGACUGUGUAGUUUACAUUACUUGGUUUUAUCACUCCAUGUCUUAAUUCUUAGGAAUUAAGACAUGGAAUUACACUAUACUGAUGUGUAAUUGUGCCACAGAAAUUGCCACCGCUUCUGAACAUGUGAUGACAAGGCUAAUGAAUCAUUUGCAACAAACAGCGGUGGGGUUAAACAUGAACUUUAAAGGGUUUACCAAGCUCAGAAGCGCUGACACAAAUCACUCGGACACUGCACAUCGUUUUAGUAUCGCAUUUUUUGUGAUGACGUUUUUGUUUACCUUCAGUUUCUUUGAAUUACAACUAUGAAUUGUUUCAUAUUAUUUUGGUUUUAUGCAAAAUGAAAAAUCAAUAAGAUUUGAACUGGAAUUCAGUUUUAUCAUUGAAAAGAAGAAAAAUGUAUAGCAGUUUAAAAAUUAUGCUCCUUAUGUUUGAACUGUUGUAAGACUUGGUGGUUACUUCAGUGUUAGAGAUGUUGUUUGUAAGCAUUGUGAUGAUCAUGAUUAUGCCUUGAAAAUAAUUUUAUUUUAUUACUGGUGUGUAUCAGAAUACAUAUGUCAGCCAUCUUUUA